CAGUGAUUUUUUUUUUUUAAAUCUUUCGCAGAUAAACUUUUUUUUUAAUUUAUUUAAUAUUGUUCUUACCAGCUUUCACGACUAGUUAACCAUAGUUUUUCUUCAGUGGUAUUGAAGGCAAACGGGAUUUGGAAAUCUCCUGGAGUCUUGCGUGGAGCUUGGGGAGGGGGGCCGGGGGGGUUUGGGCUCCCGGUGAAUCCGCAGUGAUUUGCUUCGCUGGAGUUUCGGUGCACGGGCUGCACUGACUCUCCCUGCUCCGCCGGCACAGGGGGUCUGCACGCCAGGUCCCUCUGAACACAAGGCAUCACCGGCUGGGUGAAGGGCAGAAUUAUCCCCAUGGCCCAAAGGUUUUCCUGCAUAAAGUAAAACCCUCGGGGGAAUAAAUCAGCGGUGCUUAUUUAAACAGACCGCAACUUGAAGAAAAUACUCGCGUUUUUGGAAUAUCCUUUGCCAUCCGCCAGUCGCGUUUCCUACGUCGUUUGAAAACAUCGAUAAGUAAUUUUUAUAAGUGAUCGCUUUUCCGCACGGCUCUGCGAGCUUAGCGUUGAGCCUUUGAUGUCGGGUGAGGUGGGUUCCUCUGCUUCUGCCUGCUUUGGUGAACUGUCUAAAAACGCUGUGCCUUUCUCCCUGCCUUCUCCGUUUUUCAGAUGUGCCCUACUUUGGAUAUUCCUGCAUUGAAUGUCUGAGGAGCUCCAGCCGAUCCUGAGCCAUGUCGCAGAUGUUGCACAUAGAGAUUCCCAACUUCGGGAACACCGUUCUGGGCUGCCUGAACGAGCAGCGGCUGCUGGGGCUGUACUGCGAUGUCUCCAUCGUGGUGAAGGGCCAAGCCUUCAAGGCACACCGGGCGGUCCUGGCCGCCAGCAGCCUCUACUUCCGAGACUUGUUCAGUGGGAACAGCAAAAACGCCUUUGAGCUGCCGGGUACCGUCCCCCCCGCUUGCUUCCAGCAGAUCCUCUCCUUCUGCUACACCGGGAAGCUGACCAUGGCGGCGAGCGAGCAGCUGGUGGUGAUGUACACGGCGGGCUUCCUGCAGAUCCAGCACAUCGUGGAGAAAGGGACGGACUUGAUGUUCAAGGUCAGCUCUCCCCACUGUGACUCUCAGACCACCAUGAUCGAAGACCCCAGCUCGGAGCCGCAGAGCCCCUGCAACCAGCUGCAGUCGGCCUCGGCGCCCUAUGUCAUGUCCCCCUCCAUGCCCAUCCCGCUCCUCACGCGUGUCAAACACGAGAACCUGGAGCUGCAGGCAGCUGCCCUCUCCGGCCUGCCCGGCAAGCGGCCCCUCGAGCCCGGCACCCGCGAGGGGGCUGGCGGCGGCGGCCCCAACACGGGACCCCUGAAGCUCUCCCGCGUCUCCUACUAUGGGAUGCCCAACCUGGCCACUCUCAUCCCCAACGUCCAGCAGGUCCAGUACUCACAGGGGGAGCGGACGAGCCCCAGCGCCAGCAGCAUUCCCACCACUGACAGCCCCACCUCCUACCACAAUGAGGAGGACGAGGAGGACGACGAGGCAUAUGACACCAUGGUGGAGGAGCAGUAUGGGCAGAUGUACAUCAAAUCCUCCGGAGGCUACUCUGUUGCUCAAGAGAAGCCAGAGCAGAUCCCACUGGAGAACCGUUCCUGUGUCCUCAUACGACGGGAUCUAGUUGCUCUCCCAGCCAGUCUUAUCAGUCAAAUCGGAUACCGUUGCCACCCAAAACUCUACUCGGAGGGAGAUCCUGGAGAGAAACUUGAGCUUGUUGCAGGCUCAGGUGUUUACAUCACCCGGGGGCAGCUGAUGAAUUGCCACCUCUGUGCCGGUGUCAAACACAAGGUCCUUCUGAGACGUCUUCUGGCCACCUUCUUUGAUCGGAACACACUUGCCAACAGCUGCGGAACUGGAAUCCGGUCCUCCACGAGCGAUCCCAGCAGGAAGCCCCUGGACAGCAGGGUUCUUAAUGCAGUCAAAUUGUAUUGUCAGAAUUUUGCCCCGAGCUUUAAGGAAAGCGAGAUGAAUGUUAUAGCAGCCGAUAUGUGCACCAACGCCCGCCGGGUCCGCAAACGCUGGCUGCCGAAGAUUAAGUCCAUGCUGCCAGAAGGGAUGGAGAUGUACCGCACAGUCAUGGGCUCCACCACAAACAGUGUCCCCCUGGAUCCUGAAUUCCAGCCCAACACUGCUCAGGUCUUUGAGCAGCGAAUCUAUGCAGAAAGGAGGAGCGAUUCAGGAACUAUAGUAGCCUUGAGAACUAACACGGUGAACGUAGAGCUAAGCAAUGGAUCCAACCAGUCCUUUGAACAGAGCGAGGAUGCCGAAGGGGCUGGCUCUGUGAUACAGGAGGCAGCUGCCACAGAUGCUAUGGCAUCGGAUACCCAAAGCACUCCGCAACCUUUUGAACAAGGUUCGGGUUCCUCCAGCCGGCCUGAAACUCCCGUGAGAAGACAAGAUGGUACUUACGGAGGGACUUUAUAAAGAGAGCAAACAUUUCAUGACCUAUAAGGGAUCUGUAAUACUAAAGCUGCUUGCAUGCAUUACUAAUACAAAACAAAAAAUGUGAUCAAGCCACUUACCUACUGAACUGCUACUGUUGCCUGAAAAAAAUGUGAUUUUUAUUCUGCUUGUAUUUAAAAUUUAUGAAGGAAAUAAUCGCAUUCGUUAUACUGUAAACGACUAGGUCUGUGGUGACCUACUUAAAAAAAAAUAUUGGGCUCCUUUUUUGAUAUUCCUGAGGUUAGUCUAUAAGAUUGUAGCUUUUUCUUUCUUUUUUCCUUUUUUUUUAUUUUAUUUUAUUUUAAGAAGGGGAGGAGAAAAGCUAGCCACCCCCCCAACCACCACCACCCCCCCCGUCAUCACCACCCCAUCCAUUACUCAGCUCAGAACUAAAGCCAUCGUUAACCUUGUCCUCUAAAGAAAGUUUUACCGUCACUUAACAGGAAAGCAAGGUGUGUUAGGGUACAAGUGCUGUGACUGGUGAUGUUUGUCUCUAGCAGGAGGGCUCUAGCCAAGUGGGACAGGGUGGGGGAAAUCGUUAAAGGCUUCUGGUGUCGGAGGGAGCCCCUCGCCGUGGGUGCUGGCGGGCAGGGUGCUGCAGGGCAGGGUGCUGCGGUGCCCAGCCACGGCCGGAGGCUGGCGGGGACUUGGUGCCGUUGUCUCGGGGAGUUUUAUCCAGUUCCUGGGAGCAGGGAUGGUUCCGCGGGAGUUCAGGCUUGCACGUGUUGGAAGGACUGCGUGGGAUGCAGGUGGAGACCCUGGCCAGUGUUGUGGUUGUUGUCGGGUUUUUUCCCAAUACGGCUGGGUUUGGGGUUUGGUGUCUCUCUCUCUCCCUCCCAGCUCCUCCUUUUCAUUUGUUUCUCCUUGCUUGCACCUUCAUGUCACCCGCUUGUUGGGUGAACGGGCUCGUGCACCCCACUGCACCCCACGGCAGCAGGGUGUGCGGGCAGGCGGGCCAAGUCCUGGGGCCACCUCCCCCCCUCAGCCGCCGGCGAAGGGCUUUGCAGAGGAAUCUGAGCAUGGAAAGCACAUUGUUCCUGCUCCAAAGGGCAUGGAACUGGGAGCUCUUGGUGGUGGCUCCCAGCAGCAUCCGCACUGGAGCGUGGGGCAACCGCCAGCGCAUGGGGCUCGCCUGCUGCACCCUCCCCUCCUCCCCCGGCCAACCAGCCUCUCACUUUUUAUUAAUUUGGAGUCUAUUGGAUGCAAAAAAACUAAGGAAAAAAAAAACAUUAGUUUUGUGCCCUUCUGUGAAGAGGUUUUGGGGAGGAGGAAGCAUUUCUCCCCUUGCUCAUCCUCCAGACAGGCCCUUUUGGGGAAAAGCCCAAUGUUGAGUUAUUUGUCUGUUGUUGUUGUUGAAAGCUGAUGUCCCCAGGCUGUGUUGGCUUUCAGGGAUCCCCCGCCGUAACCGUGAUCCUUCCCGCUGACCAGGCCCUCACAGGGCGCUGGGCUGCAGCUUCGCCCUGGCUGCAGGGGGAUGCUGGGCACCCACCGGGAUGCUGAGGCCGGGGUGUCCCCAAGGGAUGGGGACAGUGCGUGAAAGCCGCGUAUGGCUUUUUUUUUUCCUUUUCUUUUUUAAUUAUUGAUUUUACUGUGACUGAAGGGCCUGCUUUAAUAUUUGCAGCUUGUUCUUUAACACGUUUGGGACUAUGAACAAGUGCAAGGUGCACAGAGUCACUUUUGAAGGCUACUGUGGCUGUGCUCUUCUUUCCUGCUUUGGUUCCUGAAUCCAGACAGUGCUUUUUGCUCAGGGUUUUCUUCCUUCUUUGUAUUUCCACUGGGAAAGGGAGAGCGGGGAGAGGAUAACCCAACUUUUGGCUGUUUUGUUUUCUUUGAUACUUGAAGCAGUUUUUCGCAUUGGAGUAACAAAGCUGCCUGGCACUUCACCUGUUCCACUGCUCCUUGCCCUGAGAAAAAAAAAUAAAAUUGAUGAUGGGGUGGUUUCUGCCUCACAUCUUGCACAGCUUGUCUUGGGCGGACUACGGUGCCCCGGAGCGGGUGCACUGCUGGCAGCGGUGGCAUGGGGCUGGCGUGGGUGGUGGCAUGAUGAGCUGGUGCGGAGGUGUGCGAUGCUUUGGAGUAGUGGGGACGAGCGCAGCCGGCGGCUCUAUUUGCACUUUACCCAGAUCAGCAAACAAAACUCAUGCUCUUGGUGAAGCCUGGAGCUGGUGCCGCUUCUUCCCAGCCCGGCAGCACCGCGGGAGGAUGCUCCUUCUGUGCGGUGAUGCCCGGCAGUGCUUGCUGUGCUGGGGGGCAUAUGGCCAGAGGAGAAGUGUGAGCAGGGGAUGUACCAGGGACCACAGGGCUGAGCUUGGGGUGGGCUUCUUCCCCAGCCACCCCCAAGGAGAAGGAGCAGUCCGGUUCCUUGGCCCUGGGGCUGUCCCCAUCCCCCUGGGAGCAGCUGCUGGGGGACCAGCUCUUGGGCAGCUCGGCUGGGUUGGUGGGGCUCAGGGGGUCAGUUUUGGCUGAGGACCCCCCCAGCCCCCUGUUGCCUCCCCAAAACUUUGGGGUUGCCCAAACUUUGAGGCAAGCUGGGAGCGGAUCUGGGUGUCGGAGAUCAAAAGUUGUCCCUUCUGUGUGUGUCUGUGCGCAUAUUAUAUAUAUAUAUAUGUAUGUGUGUAUAUAUAUAUAAUAAAAGAUAUCACAAAGGAUUCCUCCUCCUUUUUGGCGCUUGCUGGGGUUUGGUGAGCGUGCCGAGCCCUCCCGCCGGGAUUUGAUGUUGGCUGUAGGGAUGAAUUUGGACCAAACCCGCACCCAGACAGACGGCCCUGCCAGGCCGGGGGGGGCAGCAGCAGCAGUACUUGAAUGGCUUAGGACAGAGAGUCUGGAGAGAGUCAAGUUGCACAGUGAAAAUAUAUAUUUUUAUACCUAGCACAACUUCCUGUAUAUUUUGGGGGUUUUUUCUUUCUUUUUUUUUUCUUUCCUUUUUUUUUUUUUUAAUUUGGGUUUGUUUGUUUAAUUAAUUAUUAUUACUAGGAAGGCAAACUUCUAAAAUGUGAAGGGCGUUGGGUUUUUCCUUAUCUGGUAGAUGAGGGCAAGCAUUUUGCACUAAUGUUUCCUGUGUGUGGAGGAUUAAUGAUAUGUUUGAAAAUGUUAUAUGGUGAUGAUUGUAUUCUUCCGGGGAAAAAAAAAAAAAAAACCAACAAAAAAAGUAACCCCUUUCAAAUACUGAAUGUAAGGUGAGAACAGAGCAGUCCAUCGAUUGUAUGCGGCUUUCCUGAGUGCCUUAGAAUUUUUUGAUCAUUUUUUCCAAGGAAAACAGAUUAAGAAGAUCAGAUCAUAACCGACUCCUUCCUCCUCUUUGUUUACGACACUAUUUUAAAUUAUAGAAUUUGGGGCUGCUUUAUAAUGUGAAUAGGAAACUGCAUUCAUCUAGGUCUGACAGUGUAAAAUCAAAGCAUCAGUAUUUAUGGUAUGUCUGCACCUUUAUUCUUAUGCUUGACUAUUAGCAAUAUUACAUGUAUAUUAUAUAUCUAAAAUUAUACCAAGCACCUUUAAAGAAAAUGGAGUGUAAGCAUACAAGUUACCUGCAGCUGCCAUAUAGUGUAGAAGCCAGCCCCUCUCCUCCUCGUUAGCGCCAAUUAGCACCGCUGUCCCCAGAGCUGCUGCUUUGCAGAAGGGCUGCAUGACCUUCUGCCGCUCCCCAGUGCCGCGGGUCCAGCUUUGGCCAGGGGUCGCGGUGAGCCCCCCCCCCAAAGCCAAGCCCCGGUGACGUUCCCGUGCUGGUUCAGUGGCGGUGAUGCCGGCGCGGGCGGGAGCUGCCCGCGGAGGGGGUUUGGGAGGAGGGAUGGUGCCAGCGGUGCCAGAAGAUGGGGAGCGGGGUCCUUUUUGCCACCUUGAUCGUUUAAUUCUUCUAACUGUGGUUUCACCCUAGAGAGCCCACCCGGGGGGACUGGGGGGUGCAGGGUCGGUGGUGGGGAGCCUGGCCGCGGGUGGCACACACUGGGGCUCCCCUCCUCUGGCUGGGCGAGGGGUUCAACCCGCCCCGGCCCCCCAAAACUGGAAUUGCCCAGGGCUGAACCGGUGUUUGAGGGAGCAGAGCAUCCUAAAAAACCGAGCCCUUCACCACCAGGGUUUUGCUCAGAUCGCUUGUUUUUCUGGAAAUAGCUCGCCACCAGUAGGGAAGGGCCACUGGGCAACGGGGCCAAACCCCGGCCCCCUGCCUGACAGUAGAUCCCCACCGCCACAUUCCCAGUCCCCAGCCAUCUCGGGCUUCAACUGCUGUUCAUGUUGCUCCUGCUCCCUGAAUCGGUCGUGCUGUGAGCAAGCGAGCCCCGAGCACAGGGAGGGGGGGUGGGAGGCGAGCGGGGGUCCCCCCAGCCCCGCUGGCCCACGGGGGGGCUGACGUCUAACGCACUCACAUUGGAAACCCCUCAACUCCUCCUAUGAGUUUCUUCCACUGUUAAGCAUUUUGCACACAAAAUUGUGAUUUUUACGUCAAGGUAAAAGCCAAAACUUGCAAUACUAUUUUUAGCAGACAGAAAAAAAAGAAAAAAAAAAAAGAAAAAAAAAAAAGAAAUUAUAAAUAAAUAAAUAAAAAACAA